CAUUUCAUUAAUUAGAACAACUAUUUUUUGACAUUAAAAAAAGCAAAAAGAAAACCAUAAACCAAUUACCUUUAUCUUCUUAUAUACAGUUACAGUAGUCCUUCAUCUCCAAAGUCUGGGAACAAAAAUGGCAGCAAAUCGAGGGCAUGCAGUUAUGGUUUCUUUCUUAUUUCAAGGGCAUAUAACCCCUUUCAUCCAUCUCGCCAUAAAACUUGCUUCCAAGGGUUGCACUGUCACCUUCGUCCAAACGGAGUUCCUCCACCACCGCAUCUCCACCGCCUCCGCCGCCGGUGAUGAUGAAGAGCGCGAGAUCCCGGAAAUCUUCCUGGGAGCACGUGAAUCUGGCCUCGACAUACGCUACGCCACGAUUUCUGACGGCUUCCCACUGGAAUUCGACCGGGAAGCCAACUUUGAAGAGUUUUGGGGGUCCAUUCUGCGUGAUUUUCCGGGCCGUGUGGACGAGUUUCUGGGUCGGAUCACGGCGGCGGAAAAUUGUGACGGCGGAGUACCGCCCAGUUUCUUGGUUGCUGAUACAACAUAUCUUUGGGGUUCUGAAAUCGCGCACAAGUAUAACAUGUUUUCAGUCUCCUUUUGGACGGAAGCUGCUCUCGCUUUCUCCAUUGGUUAUCAUUUGGACCUCCUCAAACUCAACGCCCAUUUCCCACUCGUCAACAACGAUGAUGGCGGCGACGGCGUAGUUAUAAGUUACGUUCCGGGCAUUGAAUCCAUAAGCACGAGAGACCUUAUGUCGUAUCUCGAGGGGGACAACGACCCCUUCAACAUCCCGACAGUCUUGUACCAAAACAUAAUCGACGCGUACGAGCAAGUGAAGAAGGCGGAUUUCAUCCUAUGCAACACCGUCCAAGAAUUGGAACCCCAUACUCUGUCCGCCCUAAAUCAGGAGCAGCCAACUUACGCCGUGGGCCCCUCCAAUUUCUCCGGCACCCCACCAAUAAUAACUGUGUCCAAUACUACUACUACUAGCCUAUGGCCCGAGGUGGACUGCCAAAAAUGGCUUGAUUCCAAGCCUCAUGGUUCAGUUCUUUACAUCUCGUUUGGCAGCACAAUCGAGACAAACACUCAGCUGAUUUACGAGAUAGCUCACGGGCUGAUGCUGAGUCAGCAACAAGUGAAUUUCAUAUGGAUUCUACGGCGUAAUCUUGUCAGGAUCACGUCCGAUGAUGAUGAUGAUGAUCUCUUGCCACCUGGAUUUGAGGAUUGUGUGGGUGACCGAGGAUUGGUGAUUCCUUGGUGCAAUCAGAGCCUAGUGCUUUCCGAUCCGAGCAUUGGUUGCUUUCUGACGCACUGCGGGUGGAACUCUGUAUUGGAGAGUAUAUGGCAUGGGGUUCCUAUGAUUUGUUUUCCUUUGUCCGUUGAUCAACCGACCAAUAGGAAAUUGGUUGUCGAUGAUUGGAAAAUCGGGAUUAAUCUCUGUGAUGGCCAGACAAAACAAAUUUCUCGACAACAAGUUGCACAAAAGAUCGAUCGCUUGAUGAGUAGUGGAAUGACGAGCUUGAGGCGAGAAAUAAAGAAAGUCGAGACGAUUUUGCACCGGGCAUGGGCUGCAGAUGGUUCAUCCAAUGUGAAUCUCGAUCGAUUUCUACAGGAUUUAAUGGCUAAAACUAAUUCCAAGUCAUCUGCAAAUUAAAUUAAUUAAUUCAUGAUACCCAUCCCGCCCUUAUUGUUUUCAUUUUCCGCCCUUAUUGUUUUCAUUUUCAGUUAAAGUAUUUGUUAAGUUGUAGCUCUAUUUGUUGGCUUUUCAAACCAACUUGAAUCAUUGAAGCUGGAUUAUUAUUAUUUUUCUUUUAAUUUUUUUUUCAAGUUAUGAUAAAAAUGGUAGAAUUAAU